AUGCUCUCGAGAUUCAUUUCUCGAGCGGUAUUUCAAAUCUCUUCUGCUCGAUUGGCUAUUCCUGCCAUACCUCAUCGACUACAAAGUUCUACAUCAAAUUCAAAUUCAAAAUCAAAUAAUCAACAGAUAUCUCCAAGUUCUGCAGUAAAAGAAGUUCAUGAGAAUGAAAGUUUUCUAAAUAAUCGUGAUGCAGCACAAGCUAUCGCUGAUGAAGAAACAAUUGAUAGUGUUGAGCAAGCAACAAGCACUCGUGCUGAAAUGAUUAGUCUAGCUAUGAAAAAUUAUCUAAUGAAAUCAAGAGAAAAACAAAAAGUUCUCGAUGAAAAAAAUUAUGAAUUUGAAAUUGGUCGAAGACAUUUAGCAAAAAUUAUGGGUGAAGAUCCUGAAGGAUUUAAUCAAGAAAAAAUUGAUGACGCAUUGAACUAUUUGCUUCCAUCGGGCUUACUCGACGAACGUGCUCGACCAAAGAUGAGACCACCUGAAGAAUUGUAUCCGAAGGAAAAAGCCGUACAAUUCGAUAAAGCUGGUAGACCAUUUCAUUUUCUCUAUUACACAGCUAAACAAAACUAUUACGAUGUUUUACAUAUGGUUGCUAAUAGAAUCGAGGAGCUUAAAAAAGCUGAAGUUGCUCUGCUUGCAUCUGGUCUUGAACCAGAUUAUAGUCAAAAUGAUGAAUUCAAUUAUACGCAAUGGGAAAGUAAAGAAAUAUUUGAACAACGUUUCUUAGAAAAACUUGAUGAUGAACAAUAUAAAACAUUAAUUACAUGUUUAAAUCGUCUUGUGAAAAAUCCAAUGGCAUACACAAUAAAAGAUUAUAUUAAUUCUUUUCGAACAAAAUUAGCUGAUACAAUAAGUAAACAACAUAUUGAACCAGUAAAAAAGAAAUUUUUCUAA